GUUUAGUCUACACACACCAUGACGUACGUGGUCUGGCCGUCACCCAUCCAUCCACGUACACUCGUCCGUCCCAGGCCCCAACACAUCCACCCCGCCUGUAUAUCACAGCAGCUCAUCUUCGUCACUGUUAUCGUCACCAUUGCCCGACAGCGACCCCACAGCAGCCCCAUUAGCAAGGUCGUUGAACCUGCGAACCACAUUGUCGUUCUCACGGCUCCGCGGGCACACAAACUUGUCGUUGGGGCCCUCGACGUAGGUGUCGCAGUCGUCGGUGGCGUCAUUGUUUGUGGUCCAUAUGCGGAUGUGCUUCUCAAUGCCUGCUGAUGCAAUGGUUGGGGGGCUGAGGGAGAGGGGGUAGGGGGGCGCGCAGGUCACGCAGUUGACAAUGCCCUUGUGACCUGACAGCGCGCCGAUCGACCAUAACACCCCUGACAAGACAAAUAAAUGGACACAGUGACACAGAUGACUGACUGUGGUGUUUGUGGCUGCCUGGGUGCGAUUGCCAUACUUGUCUCUCGGUCAUCCUUGUGCUGCUUCAGGAUCUGUCGCGUGUUGUCUGGUAGCCGCCACAUGUGUAUGUUGCAGUCGUCGGACCCCAAAACCACAUGCCUGUUGUCGCUCAGAAAAGAUCCGUACUUCUGGGUCACAUCGUUCGAGUAGCUCCUCGACCGCAGCUCAAACACGGGAUACACAAGGCGAUCGCUCGUGAGGGGAUACACCAACGCAUACCGAUGACGCCUGCAGGCGAAAACAGAAGGGAAGGAAGGAAUGCACUCUCGAGGAGCGAGGGGGAUAUGCUGUGCUGUUUGUGUCACCCACCUGAUGACGAGGACCAUCGUCGCGUCAAAGCUGACCGCCAGCCGGUCCGCUAACAUCAGAUACCUCUCACGACCUCCAUCACCAGGAACAGCAGCCGCACCUGAUGGCGGCUCAUCCCCUCCUCUCCCCCUCCCCCGCCCCCUGUGCCACUCCCUCUGUCGUCUGGCUAUCGGCUCCUCGAUGCGUGACAGAUCCACGCUAUCAUGUGACUCCUCCCCAUGACAGGCCUCCUCAAGGGGGGCCGACUGUGUGUGCGUCGGGGCUGGGGCUGCGGUUGGCUCCUCGCUGGAAUGCGCAUCUCCCGGAUCUGGAACGGUGAACGUCGGCAGGGAAGACAGAAAAUCCUCUCCAGGUUCGUCGCCAUCGUCAUCGGAGCCGCACAGCUCUUCAGGGUCCUCAGAGAAGGCCGGUCUCUCGUCGCUUUCAGCCUCCUGCCUGUGCUUGGACGCCUUCCGCCCCCGCACCAUGAGUAUCUCCAUCUGUCUCCUGCCAUCGUCGUGUCCUCUUCGCCGCUUUGUUUCCCUCUCGUCGCUGCUGUCCGGUGAUGGCGGGGGACGGGGCGGGGAAGGGUGGAGAAUGGGUGCAACGAGGAGGUCAGUUGGGGUCGCCUGGCUGCCCUCUGGGGCAUAACGCCUCACAUCCAUGAAUCGGCACAAGGGCUCCUGACCCUCUGUGCGAUAGUCCUGAAUGGCCGUAUUCCUCUCGCUGGUGAAGAGGAAGAGAUAGCGCUCUGUCGGAUGGGCGCAGCAGCCCAGCACAGAUGAAGUCUCCCGCAGCACCAGCCGAUGACGUACACCACCGUGACCGCCAGGAUACCCGCCCGCAGAGCUCCCAGGCACUCUGAAUGAAUGCGUCAACAUAGACAGACCACAAUCGAGAGAGAGCAUCCAUCCGCAUUCCUGCUGGCAUGUGUGGGCCCUGUGUGCGCACCUGAAGUCUACGAGCCGGAUGGGCCCUCUCGAGAAGCUGGCCAGCGCCAGAUUCGGCGAGGGCGGGUCUACCCAGCUCACUUGGAAGAUGGCGCCAUUGUCCUCAUACGGAUCUGACCAAGACCACCCCGUUGCAAUUGUGCAUGGGGGGGAGGGGAGGGGAGGUCAGGUCAUUUCUUACCCCAGGCGUAUGACAGGCGGUCCCGCGGGUUUUCAAUAGCGAUACGAGUGAUCUGGCCGUCGUUGCCACCAGACAACAGGUGGCUUCGCGAAGCUGACGGGACGGACACAGACAGGCAGGCAAGGAACACACACACUGAUCACUCUGACGGCGGCCUCGUGUCGGUGCUCAGGUACCAUUGAAUACGACUGAGAAGAUGUUGCUCUCAUGGACGUCCUCGAACUCCGCUAUCGGCAACCGCUUCCGGCGCCCGACUGCAGCCACCAACACACAAGCAACACGCAGCCUCUCAACUCUGCAGUCGUGACGAGAUGAGUGCAAUCAUUGCUCUUCUGACCUUUCCACAGCAGCACGCGGCAGUCGUCGCUUCCGCUGGCCAACAGCUCGCCGUCUGGCGAAAAGCUGAUCGCGUUGACGCAUCCAUAGUGGCCCCGCAGUCGGUAUGAGCCAGAUGCGGGGAAGCCGCGACUCCGAAUGCGAUGCUCGCAGAACUUGACAAUGAGAUUGGUUCUUUCGCUAGGAGAAGCGCGACGAAGGUCCAGCACACUCAUCAGCUCUUCUUCCACUUUCCUCCCAC